UAGCAGCGCGAUAGGUCGGAGGCCAGUUUAUGUCUUGUAAAAUCCUUGCGAUGAUGGCGGCGAUGUACAAAUUACAAUAUCUUCUCAUCAUUGGCGUCUGUUUACAGUUGAGAUUUUCUUAUGGAUUUCCUAGCAGAUUGCCAUAUAACGGAGUUAAAAUAGUUACGUAUGGCGAGCCGUGUCAUCCAUCACGUUAUCUGCCUGUUACAAUCAAGGAACCCGUAAGGCCUGUAACAGAGAACGCCUUGUCUACAACACCUUGUGCCUAUCAGCCACUCAAAUUAAACUACCAAGUAAUCGAUAAAUCUCCUAUUUUUUAUCAACCACAAGCGAAAUAUCCAGUUUCCAUACAAGUACCUGAAGUGCCCGUUGAGUCCUUGGAGAUAAUCAAGCCGGAUCCUUAUCGAGGAAAAUCCUAUGUGUACAACACCCAGACCCCAUUGUCUCCAAUCUCUGUGCCAAUCUCAACAAGUUAUAAUUUUGAUCUUCAUGUGCCUACUUCACCAACUCAAACCGAGAUAUCGUCAACAUCACAGCCCGUUAAACUUUUAACAGGUCUCACCAGCAGAAUUGAUAGAAUUCUAAUUCCUGCCUGUGAAUUACCUGCGAAGUGCGCCUGUCAAGUGAACUAGCAAAACCUAUAAAACAUGAAAAAACAUCUGAUAAAGCUGUAUCUCUUACAGAAAAAUGUGGGAAGUACAUAAUAUUCGGACAAAUAAAAAAUAAAAAGAUUUAAACAA